AUGCAGACGUCGCUUCUGCAUAAUCUCCUACUGCUGCCACUGGCAGUGCCAAUUGCGUACAGAGCUGCACGUCGACCAGCCAUAGCUCUUCAAGAUAAUGUCGCUUCCCUGCAUAACUCCAAGGCAGAGAAUGCGUUCAACAUCGCAAGCACUUACUUCCGUAUUGAGAAUGAUAUGAUUUUAAACCAAGUGCACAAAAUACAUCCAAUUAAGGGAUACAGAUUCUACAAUAGAUGUUUCUCCAUUGUGGAGUUCAGUGUAGCGCUCGCCUCACUUAUCACACUCUCUACUAAUCGUCCGCAAAUCCUUACUCUACUACCACUAUAUGCUUACUGGGUGUACUUGGGCUUCAUUGCGCUCGAAAGCUCCUUCACCAGCAAUUUCAACUUUGAGAGACUUGUCCUGGGAUCACUCUACUUGGUGAUCAAUGCAAUUAUUUACGGUUUUAGAACAUCUUUUCCAUCAAAUAUCCGCGAAUACCUAAUUCUUGCGUUCGCAGUAACAUAUAUCCUCCCAUCAAUCUUCCUUCCUUACCAGACCGACAAUGUCUCAACCAAGGCACAAGGUGGUCCAAAAACCCCAGCUGCGCUAGAAGAACCAACAAGCGUACUCAGCAGAAUCAGCUUCUUCUACAUAGAUCCAUACAUCUUCAAACACUUCCGCAUUCCAGUCAACCACCAAUCUCAGAUCCCUUCGCUGCGUUCUGACAACCUCACCAGCUACAUCUUAUUAAAAUUCAGAUCCCUUUCCAGUACUCCACCUACCGUCACUAACUUUGUUCCACGUUUGUUCAAAUGCUUCAGGCGCGACUUAGGGUACAUGGUUGUCAUGUCGGCUUUCAAGUCUGUUUGCACGCUAUCAGCACCUUUUUGUCUUCAGCGUAUUCUGAAACACAUCAGCAGUCGUGGUGAUGGUACGCGUGACCAUGAGGCUUUUCUAUUCGCUUUCCUUUUGUUUGUCGGUCAGGUGGCAGGCUCUCUCUUUAAUCAGCAGGCUCUACUUAUUGGUCGGAAACUCUGUAUCAACCUUCGCUCUACUUUAAUAUCUGAGGUCUUCCUCAAGUCACUGAGAAGGAAAUACAGUCAAGGCGAAAAGAAAAGCGAAAAGGAAGAUGAGUCUACUGAAGAGAGUGAGAGUAAGGAAGAAUCAUCGAGCUCCUCAAAUGAGGGUAGAAUCAUCAAUCUGGUUUCCGUAGAUGCGUUCAAAACAUCAGAAAUUUCUGCAUAUUUGCACUUUGUGUUCCCAGAGUGUCCCCUUACCAUUGUUCUCGCAAUCACCGGUCUGUACCAAUUGCUCGGCAAAUCAGCCUUGGUCGGAAUUUCGGUCCUCUUACUCACCAUUCCACUCACCUACUUUGUCAACCGCAUCUUUAUCAAGAUUCAGACAGAGCUUUUGCAGAAGAUUGAUGCUAGAUUAGAUCUCGCAACUGAAGUAUUGUCGAAUAUUCACUUGGUUAAGCUGAAUGCUUGGGAGGAUAGACUGAUUGAGAAGAUGAACAUUACAAGAGCGAAAGAGCUGAGCGUCUUGAAGAAAAGAUUCGCUGCAUGGAUUUUGAACGGCAUUUUGAUGUGGGGCACUCCAAUUGCCGUGACUGUUUGCACUUUUAUGGCACAUACAAAGCUUUUUGGUCAGGUACUGAUAUCUCAAGAAGCUUUCACAGCUCUUUUGUUGUUUAGUAUUCUGAGAUUCCCACUCGAGGUUCUGCCUGAAGUUAUCGUACACGUCCUCCAAGCAAAGAUCUCGUGCGAGCGUAUUGCUGAAUAUAUCAAUAACGAAGCGGAUACUUCCAAGUACCAACAACUCAGUGGUCCAAAGGAUAUUGGAGAUCCUACAAUUGGUUUCAAGAACGCAACUCUCGUUUAUGAAGGCGAUGGCAGCCAAGGAUUUGCAUUACGCAAGUUCAACCUUGACUUCCCUGUUAGCAAAUUUAGCGUGGUUGCAGGUCCAGUCGGAAGUGGAAAGACUUCACUUUUAGAUUCUUUGCUCGGUGAAUUAUCUUUGAUAGAUGGGCGAGUGUUCAUGCCGUGCUCGAUGAAUGCGGAUGAGGUCGUCACAGAUGAGCGCACAGGGCUAAAGGAUGCUGUAGCAUACGCACCUCAAGCGCCUUUCUUAUUGAGCACUACCAUCAAAGAAAACAUACUGUUCGGAUCUCCAUUCAACAAGAAUCGUUACGACAAAGUGCUCAAGGCAUGUGCUCUUCUUCCAGACCUUGCCUUGUUUGACGACGGUGAUGAGACGGAAGUUGGCGAGAAGGGUACUACUUGCUCAGGUGGACAGAAAGCUAGAAUCGCACUUGCAAGAGCCAUUUACUCAUCAGCAAAACAUGUUCUCCUUGAUGAUGUUCUCUCUGCUGUCGAUUCUCAAACCGGUCAAAACCUCCUCAAAAAUGCUCUCCUAGGUCCACUUAUGCGCAACCGUACUGUCAUCCUUGUUACUCACCACGUCGCCAUGUGUGCUGCAAAAGCUUCAUAUGUCGUCUUCUUACGGGAUGGCUUGGUCGACGGGGCUGGUACACCCGUUGAGCUCCAAAAGCAGGGUCUUUUGGAUGUUAGCCAUGACGAAAUCGAGCAAAAUCCACCUGAAGAACCCAAGGCCAAUGAAGCACAUGACAAGAGACUUGAGACAGUUCAAGGUGGCCACCAUCUCAUCUCUAACAAUAUUAUGGUUGAGGGAUAUGCAACCCCAACUCUUGACAAGAGGAGUCAUUCGAUAGCAGAUGGCGAAGAGGCACCAGAAUCUGAUAACAUUGCUCCAAAGAAGACUCGAAUCGAAGAAGAGAAGAAAAGCGAGGGCGCCGUCAGUGCCAAAGUAUACAAGCUCUAUGCUGCUUCGCUUGGUGGCGGUAUAUUCUGGUCAAUUAUGUUUUUCACUUUCAUUGGUGCGCAAACCUCUGAAGUUGCCGCUUCAUACUGGCUUAGAUUGUGGACUAGCUCCUACGAUAAAGCUGCGGAUGUUUUCAGCUACAUCGUCACUCGCACUUCAAUGCUCUUCGUACCAGGUGAUGAUAUUGCUGCUGCGUCGCUCAUCAACACACAUGACGAAACGAAUUACUACCUGGCUAUCUACGUUCUCGUAUCAUUUGGAUACAUUGUUCUAACAUCACUCUGCAUGUUCGUCAUGUUCAAUGCUUCCGUCAAUGCUUCCAGGAAGCUAUACGACAGAAUGUUAACAAGAGUCAUGAAGACACGUAGCAGAUUCUUCGACAGCACCCCAACUGGACGUAUUAUGAACAGAAUGUCAAAAGAUAUAGAAGUUGUUGAUCAAGAAACAGCCCCUGUCGUGUUAUGGUUCUUGCACUCUCUCGUCUUAGCUUUGUUUAUCCUGCUGGUUAUUACUUUCGCUGCUCCUGCCUUCAUCUUCGGUGCAAUCAUUGUUGCAAUUGUUUACUACCUCAUCGGUGCACUCUACCUGCAAACAUCUAGGGACGUCAAGCGUAUUGAGAGUUUGACAAGGUCACCGAUAUUCUCAACGUUCUUCGAGUGUCUUAAUGGCGUCGUUAGUAUUAGGGCUUAUGCAGCUACCAACAGAUUCCAAAAUCGCGUCUUUGAACUGCUCGACGAAAACAACGCAGGUUUCUUAAUGUUGUGGUAUACCAACCGCUGGCUGUCCCUCCGUAUAGAUGUGGCAGCCGCUAUGAUCAGUUUGACUACGGCCAUCUUCCUUUUGUUGGACAAGAGCAUUUCGCCUUCAAUGGCCGGUUUUGCACUUUCGUACGCUAUAACAUUCAAUGAAGCUGCACUGUGGGUUGUCAGACUUAGUGCGCAGACUGAGAUCAAUCUCAACUCUGUCGAGCGUAUCGGAGAAUAUCUUGAUUUGGAACCUGAGCAGAAAGAGGAUGAGGGAGAGAUACCUGGUCCUGAAUGGCCGAGCGAAAAUUCGUACAUUGAUAUUCGCUCGUUGAGUGUCAGAUACUCGCCAGAGUUGAGAAGAGUUCUUGACAACGUUUCCUUUGUUGUUAAGCCAGGUGAAAAGGUUGGAAUUUGUGGUAGAACUGGAUCAGGCAAAUCGACACUGGUUCUCUGUCUUAAUCGCAUAUUGGAAUUGGAGAGCGGUCUAAUUUCUAUCGACGGUAACGACAUCUCCGAAUUGAAGCUUGAAGCUCUCAGAAGUCGGAUGACGACCAUUCCUCAGGAGGCGCAGCUGUUUGGUGGUACACUGCGCGAAAAUCUCGAUCCGUUUGAUGAGUUUACGGAUGAUGAGAUCUGGGAAGUACUCAAACGUGUGAAGUUGGCAUCAAGUAUGGACUUAUCCGUCACCUCGCUAUCAGAGUCAGCCAACAUCGACAGAACGUCUAUCAAAUCUCUUAAUGAGAAGGUAGCACAAAGCGGAAAGAACUUCAGUGCAGGUCAACGUCAGUUGCUGGCGUUGGCUAGAGGUCUUCUUAAACUCUCACACGCCAAGUCCAACAUAUUGCUGCUUGACGAAUCAACGGCUAAUCUGGAUUCGCAUUCUGAUGAAAUUAUUCAAAGAGCUCUGAGAUACGACAUGGAUAAUGUCACCAUUCUCUGCGUUGCUCAUAGACUGCGUACUAUCGCAGAUUACGACAAAAUCCUCGUUCUUGAUGCUGGACGCGUCGUUGAGUACGACACACCUGCCAAUCUUUACAAGAAGAACUCCAACUUUACUUCGCUAUGCAAGCAAUCUGGUGAAGAUGCUGAGCUUGCCAAGAUAAUAUUCGAGAAGGAGGAACGUAAGUAG